AUGUCAGGCUGGAUGUCCUACUUCACCGGGAGGAAAGAUACUCGCGAAGGCGCCCGCGAUGCGAUUGUGGGCUUGAGGCAGCAGCUCCUCAUGCUGGAGAAGAAGGAGGAGUUCCUCGGGAAGAAGAUAGAGGAGGAGAUGAAGAAGGCGAAGGCGAAUGCUACUUCCAAUAAGAGGCUGGCAAUGGCGGCGCUCAGGCAGAAGAAGGCGCACGAGAAUGAGCUGGACAGAAUUGCCGGUACUAGAUUGACGCUCGAGACCCAAGUCAAUGCCAUAGAAUCAGCAAACCUCAACGCCGAGACCAUGGUUGCCAUGAAGAAGGGUGCCGACGCUUUGAAGGGCAUACACAGCAACCUCACUGCGGAAGGUGUCGACUCUACGAUGGACAAAAUCAGAGAGCAGAUGGACCUCACCAACGAAAUUUCUGAUGCGAUUUCGAACCCUGUUGGGAUGGGUAUUGUCAUGGACGAGGACGACCUCAAAGACGAAUUGGAUGCUCUCGAGCAGGAGCAGCUGGACGACCGGCUUGCUGGAGCGGACCGCGUGCCCAGCCAUCUUCCCGCUUCACCAGUCGGUCAAACAACAGGCCGGGCCGCCGUGCAAGAGGACGAGGACGACGAGGAAGCGCAGCUCCGCCAACUCCAGGCUGAGCUCGCCAUGUAA